GGACAGCGGGGAAGAAGCGGAGAGGAUGGAGAAGACCGCGGCUCACCAUCAGCGGACCCCCGCCGCCAUUCCUCACCGUUCGGGCGAAUAGCAUCACCGAACGCGGCAGGCUCGCCUCCCAUCCGCCUCCCCCCCGCUCCUUCCCAGACCCGCCCCCCUCCUUGAGCCGACCUCGCCGUGCACGCGCGUGGUCCUCCCCUCCACCACCAGCACCGCCACCCCUCCCAUCACUAGGUCGAGGCGAGGAGGAGGAGGAGGAGGAAGAGGAGGAGGAGGAGGAGGGAUGAGGCGCGCGGCGGAGGGGAAAUGGCUGCCGAAAACAAGCCGGAAGGACUGAAGAAGAUAAGAAACCCAGAGCGAAUGGUCAGGAUUGCUGUUGGCUACACAGGACACACCCCUCCUAAGAGUGACGAAUCAGACGCCAACAAUGAGCCAGGCCAGUUAAAGAUCUACCUUCCCAAGAAGCUGCUCGAGUGUCUACCCAAAUGUUCCUCUCUGCCCAAGGAGCGCCAUCGCUGGAACACCAACGAGGAGAUUGCUGCAUAUCUCAUCACUUUUGAGAAACACGAUGAGUGGCUGACGACAUCGCCGAAAACCAGGCCUCAGAAUGGCUCUAUGAUCCUCUACAACCGUAAAAAGGUGAAGUACAGGAAAGAUGGCUACUGCUGGAAGAAGAGGAAAGACGGGAAGACCACCCGAGAGGAUCAUAUGAAGCUCAAAGUCCAGGGGGUAGAGUGUCUGUAUGGCUGCUACGUCCACUCCUCCAUCAUCCCCACCUUCCAUCGUAGAUGCUAUUGGCUGCUGCAGAACCCAGACAUCGUGCUGGUGCACUACCUGAAUGUGCCGGCAGUGGAUGACAGCGGGAAGCCGUGCGGUCCGGUCCUCUGCUCCAUCAACACGGACAGGAAAGAGUGGGCCAAGUGGAGCAAAGAGGAGCUCAUUGGACAGCUCAAACCUAUGUGUGCUGGAAGCAGCCUUCAUCAGAAAUGUUCCAGUGUGAAGCAGCGUAUCAUCUCAUCCAAACAGGAGUCCGGAGCAGGAGGAGGGACAGCAGUAGGAACCAGUGUAGCAGCAGGAAAGAGAGCUGAGGAAGCAGAUGGCACGGAGGUCCAGAACAGUGAUGUAUCGGAGGGCCAGACUGAGGCCAAUCCUGGCGGGGGGAGGAGUCGGGCAGGUGGAGGCGAGAGGAGGAAUGGCAGGAUAACCAAACCUUCCCUUCUCCCACAGAGCAGCAUGGAGGUGUCUUCUUCCACCUCAACCAACCAGGUGGAGGUACCCGACACCACCCAGAGCUCCCCUCUGUCUAUUGCCAGCGACAUGGCGGACAGCCCAGCUCUUGCCAUUGGCACCAGCUUGUCACAAAGCACUGCUGUGUUCAUGUCAGAGGUCACCACUCUAACUGGUGAUUCGGUAUACUCGGCCGGCCACACCCAUCUGCUGGCUUCCACCCACGAGAGUACCACCACGGGUAUCCUGUUGGCUGUCGCCCCUGACAACCAGAGGUUUGCAUCGUUCAGUGGAGGGGUGGGAUUAGGUGAAGGAGGAGAGUUGGUUCUGUCCAGCUCUUUAGACUCUGGAGUUGGAGUCAGCCUUCCUGAGACCACCAUGACCUUUGACCCCGACUGCUUCCUCAACAAUCCCAAGCAGGGCCAGACGUACGGGGGAGGUGGAGGGAAGACAGAGGGAUGCAAUGGUGAUGAUGGGGGACUCCACUGCUCCACUAACGGUUUCAUUUACAACCCGGCACUCGUCAACAACAUCAAGACGGAGGCUACGCCACUGGAGCAGCCGCUGGCGACCCAGAGCAGCUACGUGGGCGAAGGAACUGGCCUUAGCCCCAGCACCACCCUGGAACAGAUGGACUUCAGUGCUGUCAUGUCAUCGGCCUGUGUCUCAAGUCUGAACCAGCCGGCACACCAUCCCUCCCCGGGCCUCUUCCUCCAGGCCUCCCCCCAGACAACCCAGCCCUCUCAGCUGCAGGUCAACGGCACCAAGGCAACCCAGGAAUCCAGCGAAACGCGGGCCUACAUCGGCCUCCCCCCGAUGGUCACUGACUCUCCUGUCACUAACGGAGAAGCGCAUACACACCUCCACCAAGUGAGCACAGACCAGCAGGCGCUGUGUGCGAGGAAUGGGCAAGCGGCAGCAGUCGGGUCGUUUCCCCUGACAACACAAGACGUUGAGCAACCAGACAGCAGGAGCCACCAGGAGGUCGCAGCCUUAGAGAAACCGACAGAAAAUGGAGAAGAUUUACUGCUCAAGGCAGGGGAUCCUCAUGAGGCCUAUGCGAGUGUUGACGCCAAGCAUUUUCUCCAGCCCACAGAUGACACCGGAGGGGGGGACGAGAGUGGAGGAGGCGGAGGGGGCGGAGGAGGAACGGAAAAUGAAAUUAUAUGUAAUGGCGUGAGCAUUUCAGGUGCUAGUAGUUCAGUGGUGGCCAGUCCUCAAUCGAUAGGUGUAGGUGCAAACAUCGAAGGUGCUCUCUACAGCUCUCCGCUACCUCAGCAAGGUGCAGGGGUACCGGCAACGACAGCUGGGGCCGGGGCGGCUAUCAGUCUGGAAGGGUUUGAAGCGUCUUUUGGAAGCCAGUUCUCCGAUCUUAUCAAUGAUUUCAUCUCUGUGGAGGGAUCUGGGGGAGGGGUGGCGGCAGCAGUCUCUGGGGUCCUGAUGCCCCAGGAGGGCGCAGUAGGAGAGGAACACAGCACAGCGGCCGGUCACCUGCAGGCAUCCGAGGUGGAGCAGGGGGCACUGGGACUACUCCAGGAGACUGGCAGGCUGUUCGCCGUGACGGACUACUCCCCAGAGUGGUCUUAUCCAGAGGGAGGAGUAAAGGUGUUGAUUACUGGUCCAUGGUUGGAGUCCAGCAGUGAAUACAGCUGCCUCUUCGACCACAUCAGUGUCCCAGCUGCCCUCAUCCAGCCCGGGGUGCUGCGCUGCUACUGCCCAGCUCAUGACACAGGACUGGUGAUGCUGCAGGUCGCCAUGGGUGGUGAGGUCAUCUCUUCUUCGGUAGUGUUUGAAUAUAAGGCACGCGACCUGCCAGCACUGCCAUCUUCUCAGCACGACUGGCUGUCCCUGGAUGACACCCAAUUCAGGAUGUCCAUUCUGGAGCGUUUGGAGCAAAUGGAGCAAAGGAUGGCUGAAAUAACCAAUCAGAACCCUGGCUCAGAAGCCAUGGCAACCAAGGGUGGAGGAGUGGAGGGGGGAGGAGCCAAUGAUCCGCGGUCUCAAAGCUCCCCUGAUCAGAGCACAUUUGAGGGUCGUGUGGUUGUGGUGUGUGAGAAGAUGAUGUCCCAGCCCUGUUGGGCUUCUUCAAACCAACUCGUCCACAGUAAGAACUCCAGAGGAAUGACGUUGCUGCAUCUGGCCGCAGCUCAGGGAUACGCGGGGCUCAUCCAGACACUCAUCCGCUGGCGCACAAAGCAUGCCGACAGCAUUGACCUGGAACUGGAAGUGGAUCCUCUUAACGUCGACCACUUCUCCUGCACGCCACUUAUGUGGGCGUGUGCUUUGGGCCACACUGAGGCAGCACUGGUUCUGUACCAGUGGGACCCAAGAGCUCUUGCCAUUCCCGACUCUCUGGGUCGCCUGCCGCUGAAUAUCGCCCGAUCCCGUGGUCACACUCGAUUGGCCGAGCUCUUGGAGCAGCUGCAGCAGAGUCCUCAAACUAAGGGACAGCCUGCGGACAGUUGGAUGGAGAAGUGGAAAGGAGGAUCACAGAACAGAGGAAUCAACAGCAGCUCCAGCACCAACCCAACCCCAGAGGUGAGAAGAAACAGAACAGAGAGCCAACCAUUAAACCAGAGCUGGAGCCAAACUGGUCAAACACCCCAACCUGGAGCUAACGUGGAACAAGGAGGUCCACCCCCAGCCAAGCGUCUCAAAUCUAACCCCGCGAGCCAACAGCAGCUCGCCAACUCAGCCCCCGGCGCCAACACCAUCAGCUCCCUCCUCGACUCUUCCCCGAGGCCUAAUCCUCUCCCAUCUGUCUUACCCAAGUCCCAAAAAACUGAGCUCACCUACCAGAGAGCACCUCUUUCCAGCUCCACCACGGACCGGCUUCAGUUCACUGGUGCCCCGUUCUCUCACCUGCAGGCCAGGAUAAGGAGGUCUGAGGGGAGCAACCUGUGGAGCCUGAGACGGUCUCUUGGACAAAAUAGUCUGGUCCGGAGAAUUCAAGGAAAAGAACGGUUGGCCAUUCAUCUGCGGCAGAGAGUGCUGUCCGACAGGGGAGAGGAGACUGAGCUGCUGACCUACCAGGAUAACUCAGAUGACUUGCAGGUGGACAUCACGAUGCUUGCUGAUCACAUCAUGGAUGCUUCAGCUGGAAGGCUUAAGCAGACUACAGUCACUGAAACAGAUUCUGCAAAGGUUGGCAUCAGCAGUGACGUAAAGUCACUGUCUGGCUACCUUGAUGAGGUGGAAAGGUUUCUAAAAUCUAAGCCCCAGGCUACAAGCCCCAAACCAAAUGCACUCUCAGGGCUGGAGGAGCAGCCGACUCCUCAUGCAAACCAAGCGCCCUCGUCUCCCUUUGACUGGAGUUCCUUCCUCUGUGCAGCUAUGCAGGAGGAGAAGUUAAAAACAAACUCCUCCUGUCUAGCCAUGACUGAGUCAGAGCAGCAAGAGCUGUACGAAACCAUCAGGCGUGCUCUGCACUCUCUCAGAAAACACAAGGGUCCCAUUCAGGAACAACACAAAGAGAUUGCAGCAGUGAUUCAACGCUGCUACAAGAGAUACAAGCAGUAUGCACUUUAUAAGAGGAUGACUUUGGCAGCCAUCCUGAUCCAGAGUCGUUUCCGGAGUUUCCAUGAACAGAGGAAGUUCCAGCAGAGUCGUAGAGCAGCAGUCCUCAUCCAGCAAUACUACCGCUCCUAUAAGCACUCCCUCAGCAUCCUAACUAAAAAACAGAACCAGGCUGCUCGCAAGAUCCUGAGGUUCCUGCUCCGCUGCCGCCACAGCCCCUUGAUGGACCACAGGCCUCUGAAACAGGGCCAGAGAGCAGAGAAAGGCCAGGGGUCCUGAGAAUGCAUCACCAGGCCCUGCACACAGCCCCAUCAGCCUGUGAUCAAUCUACCUUCCUCCCCUCUUUUCCCCUAAUCCAUCUCUCCUGCCCCAACCCUACGCCUCUCCUUUUCCAUCGCCCAGCCUCUCCUUGUCCCCUCUUUUCUCCUCCUUGCUCUUAACCUCCCUGGCCUCAUUUCUCAAGAGGAAAAAAAAAAAACUCUUCCCAGACAGACUGAGGACAGGAUAGGUGUCCAUCAUGGCAGCUCAGACAGACAUACUGCUGGGCAGAGUCCCAGAACCAGGCUCUGCUCACAGCACUGAUCCUCCUCCAGUUUAACUGGGAGGCCAUCACAUUAACCUCAUGGCAUUCUUUGCACUCCUCAUGGGUAUGUUUCUUUGCAAGAGCAAGUUGUCGAGCGGGACAAGCAGUUAAAAGGAAAAAAAAACGAAAAAAAAAAACAAAACAAAAAAAAAAAGAGGAAGUGCCUGACGACAACAUCUUGCUGUUUAACCCAAGCGGCUGGAUGUGCUGAAGAGGCUCCAACGGGGAACAGCUGGCUAGCGAAAGAGGCAACUUUGACAUGCAGAAAACACAAAACCCGCUGUGUUUUUUUUUUGUAUCCAAACAGAGAUCUGUGAAAGAAUAAGAAACCCAUAAACCAAAAAAACUCACUUCUGUGUUGCAUUUGCAUGCAAGGUUUCCCCCUCCCCCGCUUAUUCCUCCUCUAUAUCAUCCUACAGAGCUACAGUGGCAAAUCAUUCUGCUGAUUCAGUAUCUCACAGUAUCACCCAACCACUCUGACUCACCGGCUUACAAAGCUAUUAGUCACCUAAUCAAAAAAAAAAAAAAGGGGGGGAGGAACUGCACUUGAAUGUACAAGGAGCAUUGUUAGAGAAAAGGGAAGCGGCCUGAAUAACGAUGUCUUAAUUUGCUACAUGGACUUUGUAUGGAGUUGUUCUCAGCGGCAGCACUUUUGCUCGCCCGACGUGGUGUGUCCGUGUUCGUUCAAUUCAAUGCAUGUGUUUGAGCUAUGAGCUCCUGCAUGCUUGCCAAACUGCUUUAGUGUUGUUUCUUUUUGUAUUUCUAUGUGUAACUGUGUCUCAUGUCUUCAUCGACUUAUCCUUGCCCUGUGUAAUGUGAACCGUGUAAGGACAAACGACUUCUUUUUUGGGUGCUUUAUUUAUUAUUUAUUUAUUUAAGGGUCUAAUUCUUUCUUUAACUGGCUCAAGAGUGGCUUAACUCGAGACUGGUGCCCCAACUCAAAAACCCCUCCCCUCCCGGUGUGAUAAAAUAUGACAUGUUCCAAUGGUUAAAUGUCUCUGUUAGUUUGUUCUGCGUGAACCUCCAAAUCCUAACUGUGGUUUUGAGGACAGAGUCACAUAACAUUGCCUUGACUUCUUCUUGACUCUGAGAGGUCUCUAUGCUUGCUCUGUAAAGGACGUGGGUCCUAUACUUGCCCCUAUACAGGGCAUCGCUCCCUGUAUUAGCCCUAUAUGGGCGAUCAAAAUCCAUAUUUUGGACUAUUGCAUAUUUCUGUAUAUAAACUGACGAGGUAAGGGGAUACAAGGACCCUGAAACUUUUUCAUAAGAAGACUGUAUUUAAGAUUAUAAAUUAUUUUACUUCCCGUAACAAGAACUUUAGACAGAGAUCUGGGUACACAGGACGGCAUAUUGCUUGUAAAUAAUGUAGAUAAUACAGACAAAGUAAUGUGCAUGAGAUUUAAGACAAAAGAAACAGCUAAAAGAACAUGUUAGUGGCUAUGGACUUCUGAGAGGAUUUUAACUGCUUCACUUAAAGAGUAUCCAGUAUAAGUGUUAUUGAAAAAGAACCUUUUCUUAAAAGCAUGCAAACGAAAAAUCUAACAUUAGAACUAUAAGUGGGAAAACAAAGUAAGCUGAAACCAUGAUCUUUCAGACAAAAAAAAAAAUAAAAUAAAAUAAACAUUUACACUUUGUGCUUUUGUUUCUUGGCUAGCAAAAAUUAAACCCGUUUUGCCAGUAGUGCCAAUCAUUAUGAAUGCUAUUUUUGCCUAACAAACACAGUAUGAUACGCUGGGGAAACCAGUACUCUAAAAGUUAUCUGCAAGAUCCACAGAGGCAGCACAUGCUGACAGUAAAUAAUAGUAACCUAGUUCUAGCUCAGAUGUAGACCUACAAGUCCUGAAGUUUGUCUGAAAAAGGUAGAUUUAUCCAUUAAGUGAUGAUGGGGACCAUGCAGGUAUAAAAGAUGAUGCUAACGUUGCAGAUGAUGUUCAAAUGUGAAUGCUAUGACUGGUGAAUACUGAAGAGAAGAGGGUGCCACAGUGGGUGUAAAAAGUCUGCACACAUGGAAAAUGCCAGGAUCCUAUGAUACAAAAAUAUGUUCGUCUCUUUCCAUCUUUAUUGUGAAACAUAGGCUUAUAUAUAGGCAUUGGUGUAUAAAAUUUAACGUGAAACUGCUUCUUUGGUUAAUUUAAUUUGAACUGUAUAGUACAGGAAAACAUUGGGGGUAGCUUGGUGACCUUUUGUCUGGGAAUGGGACUUUAUAAAUUCAGUUUAUUUGCUCUUUUUUUUCUGUGAACCUUACCACUCAGUUAAAAACAAACUGAAAUCUUUUUAAAUAAUAAUAAUAAUGUGGUUGCAUUUUAUUACAGCUUGAGUUGGAGUCUAUCAGCAGGACACACGUUGACUUGGUAUUAUUUGUUCACUCUUACUUGAAAAUUAUCCAAAUUUGUCAUAUUACGAGAACCUCUACUGUACACUGCCCUCCACAGAUGAGACGUCUGAGCACCGGCUGUUCAUCUUCAACUUUCUAGCAGAAACCUGAAGCUUUAGUGCCAGCUUUUCAGAAUUCUCCUCAUUUGAUUUAAUCCCCCCCCCAGUGCCACCAAAAUAAAAACAACAAAAAGUCCAACCUUUUUUUUGUCAAAGCAUAACGCAUCUCCAAACAUGCUUUUGAAAGACUUUGCAGGUUGCUUUACAGAUCUUGUAAGAAAAGGCAUUUGUGUUGCCAUCCUAACAGCCCAGGCAUGUGAGCGGUACAGGAGAGUGUUGGAGUUCAAACACAACAAAAGAGGAUCUACGUUCUUAUACAACCACUUUAUUUCAGGGGUUUUUGUUUCGCCUAAAAGAUUUCAGUUUGUUUAGAAGGAAAAAGUUUAUCUGUUUCACUUUUUUUUUUUUUUUUUACAUUACAAAGCCAGAGGUGUGUAGACUUUUUAUAUCCAUUUAACAUCUCUUACUGUGUGGCUGUGCUCCAGCAACAUACUUGCUUUUAUUAAGACCAUUGAUCUCACCUACAGCAGAUCCAGCCCGGCCUCCAGUCAAAGCUUUCCAUCUUCAAACAGAAUGUCUCUGAACUCAUGGUUUGUUUCAAUUUUUUUAUUUUUUAUUUUUUUGCUUUCUUUCUUUUUUCCUCAUUGUCACUGCCAUAACUGUAUGACAUGUAGUUUAAUCUUGUGGAAAGUUUUGUUUAGAAAGUGCCUGCUCAACAACAGAAAACUAAUAUCAGGAAGUAUUGUAUAUUCUCCAAAAAUGUUCCCAGUUAUCUCUUUAUUUUCCUAAAUUGUGUGUUAAAAUUGAACUUGACAGUGUUCUGCUCUCUGUUAAAAACCCUAAUUUGUCUGGUAUGAAUGGACGCUCAUGGCCAAAUUGAUCAUAUGUGUGACUAUGUCGGGCUAACAAAUAUGACACUAUCGCCCUACCUUUGUGUGUACUUAUCAGAGGAGGAAAAAAAAAAUCCAUUGAAUUCUGCUUCUGUCUAUGAGAGGCACUAUCACAAGCCAAUUUGCAGCUUCGCUAUUGGGAGACUCGUGUGUUUUACUCUCAAAAAAUAAUUUUGCUGAACAGAACCCUAAAGUGUUUAUCUGGUUAAAUUGCUUUCAUAGUCAUCCUCUUUGUGGAUUUUUUUAUUUUUUAUUUUUUGCUGUCACUUAGUCUCUGACUCCGAUGUGCUCACACACAGCGUGGAACUCGAACGUACACAGUCUGGCUCAUGCGCAAAUAAGGCCACACUCUUUCUCUCAUGUGCUUGUGUCUUUGGGAGGCAUGAAAUCUCUCCUUUAGAUUAUACUCAGGGUUGAAGAACAGGGAGAUGGUAUGUGGAUUGCAUUAACACAAGUGUCCCACAUGUGGAGGCUGUGUACAUUUGGUUGUAUGUGUAUGUGUGCGUGCAUGGUUUGUAGUAUAACAACUGUUCAGUCACUGUGUAGCACCUUCAAAUUUAAUGUGAAUGUUUGACACACAUGCUCUGAUAACCCCCUCCAAAAAUAUCAUCGCUUGAGGUGUGUGGAUCAAGCUUCCAACUUAGAAAAGCACUCAAAAAGCUCAAAGGUUAGAUUUUGUCUAAAUUUAAAUGACAUUCAAAGCAAGUAAUAAGAAAGCACACUGAUGCAAAUGUUAUUGAUUUUAAUGUACUCACAAGAUCCUAUAAUGGGCAAUUUUUUAGAUUAUUCUGAAUUACAGUAUCUUGCAGUGUCUUGCAAAAGUAUUAAACCCUUGAACUUUCUCACAAUUUGUCAUGUUACAAUCCCAGACCUUAACAUGUUGAAUUUGAGGAAAUUGAUACAUGUUUUCUUUGGGGGUUUUUUAUCUUUUGGUAAUAAAAACAUGAAAAGCGUGAUAUGCAUUUGAUGCAACUCGCCAUAUUAAUUCUAUGCAGAAUUUAGUGGUGCAAUUAAGGCUGCAAUAAAUGGUCUCUACCAGCUCUUCAGACCUAAAGAGACUGAAAACUGAGCCCAUUUUCUUUGUUAAAAAGCUCCAGCUCAGUCAGAUUUUACAUCCGGGCUUUGACUGAUCAUUCAGCCUGGAAUAUGCUCUGAUCGAAACUAUUCUGCUGUAGCUCUGACUGUAUAUUUAGGGUCACCCCAGUGGAAAAUUCAGCUCUGACCAAGUCUUUUACAGACUCUUAGUUUUUCCCCAGAAAUUUUCCUCUUUUUAGCUUCAUGCAUCUUCUCGUGAAUCCGGUCACCUCCCCUCCUAUAGAUGCCAGAUUUGUGGUGCAAAAGCCUAACUGUGGUUCUGUGAACAAAUUCUCCCUGCUGAGCUCUGCAGCUCCUCCAGAGUAAUGAGGAGCUGAUUGAAUCUUUCUCUGAUUCAUGCUCUUUAUGCUCAGCCAUUCAGUUAGACUGGACAGCCUUGUCUUUGUAGGUUUGUUUUAUAGCUUUCCCCUGCUUAAAGCUUCUCCACGACUUCUCCCUGACCUGUCUGCUCUGUUCCUUGGACUUCAAGAUGUUCAAUAAUUUUCUCUGUAAAACAUCUGACUCUCUUAUGUGACCCUAGAGGCACCUGGGUGCACUUUACUUAGAGGUAUCAGAGCAAAGAGAGCUGAAUGCAAAUGGCUGCCACACUUUUCAGAGGUAUAUUUUAAAACAUCUUAAAAAUUGUAUAUUCUUUUCAAUUUCACUUCACAGCCACCCGAUAAUCCCAAUGAAAUACAUUAAAAUUUGUAGUUGAAUCAAGACAAAAUCAGAAAAAAAUUGCAGUGUUAUGAAUACUUUUUAAAGGCACUGUAAGAAAUACAUCUCCAUCAUCAUAACAAUCUUCAUGUUUGGCGUUUCUAUUUCAGUUUUUUUUUUUUUUUUAUCUAAUCGACGGCCAUGUUGAGGACAGUUCCUCUUGAACAGACAUUAAACUGUCCUCCCUCUCUCACCACCAAAGCUAAAGAUGACUUUGUGAAACUCCCUCACAUAUGUACACACACAGGCAUCAGUUCAACAACUUGUACAAUAAACCAAAUACCAUCCCACACCACAGAAACUCCAUCAGCAGGAUCAUGUUUCGCAGAGGAUGAUGACUGUAAAGAGUAUGUAACUAAGAUAAAGCAAAGAUUGACAGGUAAGAACCUUUGCCACAGUAAACAGGUGGUAAAACAUGAACAGAGGUAGCCUCUGUUCUCAAACGUCCGCCUAGAAAUGAACAGUAUAAUCUUUCAGGCCUUGAUUCAAGAGGGCGUGGCCAAACACCACAUUGCAUGCUAGAAUGGUAGACCCUUAUAGAUAACCUACGGCUAGACCUCUCCUUGCCUUCCUCCUCUUUCCCCCUGUCUUCCCUUUUCUCUCUCAUCUCCUGCUGUACCAUCAUCCUGCCUGCUGUUGUGUUCUCAAGUCGAUCUCAACCGCUCAUUUCUCUCUUUCUUUUUGUAGCCUAGUUUUUAAUCCUCCUUUUUGUUUGUUUGUUUUACAAACAUGCAUGCACGAGCAUCACUAACUUGUUGAUGUUUUCAAAAAGAAUAUUUUGUUGCUGAGGCCAUGCAAAGUGUUUUUGAAUAUUGCCCUUAUAUGUGGAAUAUGUCUUCUGAAUGCUUUACAUAAUUUCUGCUGUAAAAUGAAAUCAGAAUAAAAAGAAAAUUUGCACUUUAACCUA